AUGGCAGCUACCAAUAUCAGAAACCUGACCCUCAUCCUGGUCAUUUCCUUAAACAAUCUGAGAUCAUCUUUACCGUGUCCACCUAGAUGUAGUUGCUACCUGGACAGGUCGGAUGUUGACUGCAACUAUGCUGGGCUUAAAGAGAUACCUUCAGCUUAUUCUGUACCAAGCUAUACUCAGAAGCUCAGGCUGAAGAGCAACUACAUCCAUUUAAUUCCCACGAGAGCUUUUGAGCCUCUAAAUCAGCUGUGGAGCUUGGACCUCAGCAACAACAGAAUCAGGGCUUUGGACAACCAGACAUUUCUGGGCUUGACUUCUCUGGAGUUCCUUUCGUUGAGCAGCAAUUCCAUCCAGGCCAUUGCGGAAAACACAUUUGAAAUACUCUCCAGUCUGAAAACACUCAUCCUGAGUAACAACUGCAUCAGCUUCAUUGAUGCACAGGGUUUUGCCGGUUUAUUCAACCUAUUUUUAUUGGAUUUAUCUGAGAAUGACAUCCAGAAAUUCACAGAGGGAAUGUUUUCAGAUUUAGUGGCCUUGGCAGAAAUCAGGAUUAGUGGGAACAACAUCACCUGGAUCGCAUCAGGAGCUUUUGUAGGCCUGUCGUCUUUGCCUUCUCUGAACCUGAGCUCAAAUCAGAUUGGUACUCUGAGGGAAGACGCUUUCUAUGGAGUCAAGACCACAUUGCAGAGGCUGUCUCUGGAACAUAACAAUUUAACGACCAUCCCUCCCGACAUCUUCAAUGGGUUUCCAGCCUUGGAGGAAAUCAGCUUUCACAAUAAUGCCUUGAAGUCCAUUUCCAUUGACUCUUUCACAGAUCUUCCCUCCCUCUGCUUCUUGGACCUGAAAAAAAAUCGUAUCGCCACGCUCAAACCUAAGACUUUCCAAAACUUACCAGACCUAAUCGUGCUGGAUCUCUCCUACAACCAGCUGGAUGCUAUAAAAGGUCUAACUUUUGUUGGUCUGAGAGAGAUCAUGGAGUUACGCCUAGAGUUCAAUCAAAUCCAAGAACUGGAGUCCUAUUCUUUCUUUGGGUGCUCUUCUCUUUCGGUCCUCAAUCUCCAAAAUAAUCAGCUUCAUGCCAUUCACUCAAAGGCAUUUGAAGGAGCCUACUUCCUCACUACCAUAAAGCUGGACAACAACAGACUCACCACCUUGCCCUCCGAGAUUCUGAAACCCUUCAGACUCCUUCACGAAAUCACUCUUUCCAAUAACUCCAUGUCGGUGCUCCAAGAGUCCGCUUUCCAGGGACUGGUUCAUAUCUGGGUAGAGUUCCAGUACCGUAUCUAG